AUGUCCUCCCUCGCCACAGCCCUCGGCCUCAGUGCCACUGGCCUACACUCCCAUCAACCCCCCUCCUACGGCGCCCACUACAUGAUCUUCCACUUCAUCUGGGCCUACGUGGUCCUCUCCUCGCGCGCGUGGAAAAUCCACUACAAACUCGACCACAAUGUCUCGCCCCGUGACGAUUUAAUCAAGUAUGGACCUAUCGCUGUGCAGAAGGGCAAGAUAACGCAACCGCUACUCGACCAGAUUAGACGUGUCGAGAACUGCCAUGCGAACUCCGUGGAGCAUUACACUGUCUUCGUUGCUGCGAUAAUUUUCGCUCAUGUGGCGGGGGUGGAUAAUGCGGCGAUUAAUCGGGUAGGGUUAAGUUACACUGUUGCGAGAGUGUUGUACUCGGCUUCGUACAUUUUCAAUGGCAAUGAGAGGCUGGCGCUGGCUAGGGGCGUGUUUUGGUGGGCUUCGAACAUUAUCUGUAUUCGUGCUUUCUGGUUGGCUGGGAAGGUGAUGAAUGCGAAACUGGUUUGA